AUGCCAAAGACGAAGACUGAGGCUGAGACUGAGACGGAGACACCUAAAAUGAAGCCAAGACCAAUCGUGCGUCUUGGCAUCUUUCUCAUCUCUCACAGCCUCCUCGUUAGUGUUGUCUGUUGUACGGCUGGUGUUUUAGCUCUCUUGCUGCUUCCACUUCUCGCCAAGAACACUUACAUUUCUGAAAAUGCUCUGAUGCCAGGUUCUGCCAGUAGUAUGAUCUCUAAUCGUGACAUUUCGGAGGCAAAUAGGUUGGCAAAUGAUUUAAGUGAUUUGAAUUUAGAACCCCAAGAUACUGCUGCCAUGGAAAGUCGAAGGAUCCUAACAAAAUACAUGUCUGACUUGGGUGCUGAAGUUAGCUAUCACAAGUUCCACCCUAAGCCAAAUCAGUUUCAUCCACUGCAUUUCUUCUCUGGUCCUGAUUCUACAAGUACAGUAGAAAAUUUUAGUUGUUCGGCAUAUGUUGUCAAUACUGUUGGAAUAAUUAGAGCUCCUCGUGGUGAUGGUAAGGAAGCUAUUGUCUUGGUGACACCUUACAAGUUUGGAAAGAGUGGUUUGGCAGAAACUUUAUCCUUGAGCAUUGCAUAUACAGUAUUUUCCUUGCUCUCCCGAGUUACAUGGCUGGCCAAGGACAUCGUAUGGUUUGUUGCAGACUCACAGUAUGGAGAGUAUGCCCCUGUUGAAGCUUGGCUAAGAGAUUAUCACACACCUGUAUUUACUGGUUUGGGCACCCUAAAUGCUGAUACAUGUGUCAAAAUUGAUGAUCUUUAUGUAUUGGAACGGAAGCCUAUUGCGCAAAGCAAGAUAUCUGAUGGUUUUAGACGUGCCGGGACUAUGGCUGCUGCACUGAUCUUAAAGGUUGCAGAUAGAAACGAACUGUUGGAGGACACUCUUACUAUCUAUGCUGAGGCAUCCAAUGGGCAGAUGCCAAACCUAGACCUCAUCAAUGCUGUGAAUUAUUUAGCUGUACAUAGGCAAGGUUUGCGUGUAAAAGUUGAGAAAUUUUUUACACUACUUGAUUCAAGAUGGCUUGAGAUUUUGGGAGAAAUAUUUGAGUUACUUGGAAAAGUUGCCAGAAGCUUAAAUCCUGGAUGGAAAUUUGGUAUUUCAGCUGCAGAUUAUAUUGAAGGCAGUGCUACACUUGCAAGUUCAUUGUAUUACCAGGCAUUGGGCAUUCCCACUGGUCCUCAUGGUGCUUUCCGUGAUUUCCAAGUUGAUGCAAUUACUUUGGAGAUUUCACCUAAGGUUUCUUCUCAUAACAAAGCCAGGCAUAAUGAGUUUCUUCUACGGGGAGGCCGGUUGGUCGAAGGAGUUAUAAGAUCAAUAAAUAAUCUCCUUGAGAAGUUUCACCAGUCAUUUUUCCUAUACCUGUUAACAUCUCCUAGUAAGUUUGUAUCAGUCGGAGUGUACAUGAUUGCUUUUGCACUCCUUGUAGCACCACUUCCCCUGGUAGCAGCCUCACUUUAUGCUGAAGCUUAUCAAUUGGAUCUUGGUGUCAAAAAUACCAAAUCUACUCCUACAGCCACUGCGUCUGAUGCGCUUGGUAUUACUUUCAGAUCAUGGAAAUGGCUUUAUGCUGCAAAAGAAGUUUUUCUCAUUCAUGUAUGGGGUGCAGCUGUUUUGCUGCUUCCAUAUUUCAUUUGUCAAGUACCAAACUGCAGCCCAACAUCAAGCACUGUUAUCUGGAUUUUUCUUUCAAUGCUUAGCCUCCUAAUCUUCUACUUCAUAGUGGGUUCUCCAUAUACUCAUGUCUCUAUAUCUCAACCUGAGAAGAAAGGCGAAUGGGCUAUUUUAAAAUCAGUGACCAUCUCAGCAGUCUUCAUUGGUUUACUUCUUAUGUCAGUUGUUAAUUUUGCAACAGCAGAAAUUGGUGCGUUGCUUUUGGUACCAAUGUGUUUGAUGGCACAACCUUUGAAGCUGGACAUUAAAGCUGGGAAGUUAAGGAGUUUCUUGAGGGCUAUUUGUAAUCUGGUUUUGGCUUUCGUUGCAUUUCCGCCAGCUGCUUAUUUUGUAGUGAAAACUAUAUUUGAAGGUUUUGACAGCAUUAACGUGGGCGAAUUCUGGAAUUGGAUGGAGUCCCUUUGGGCAUGGAACAGUGCUACAUACAUAUAUAUGGGUAUGGUCCAUCUGCCAUGUUGGGUGUUGUGCUUGCACGUUUUACUUCAUUCUUGUUGA